CCAGUAUUGGACCCGUAUUGGACCGGGUUAGGCCUACGGGUCACCCAUCGAUAAACAGGUAUAGAUUUUAUCAGUUUAGAGGGAAGCAAAAAGGCCUUAAAAUCUGAAUGGCUCAAAUUGGAACAACGCUUGGGCUCUCUUCCACAUCUUCGUCUUUCAUCAAUGGCGGAGCUGGAGACCCACGCUCCCUCUCAUACAUUUUCUCUUUCAGACCCCUUACUAAACUCACGACCGCAAAGUCUUCUUCUUUUACUAGUUGCAGAGCUUCAUGGCAAGAGCUGGUGGGAGUGCUGGUGUUUUCAGCAGUUCCUUUCACGGCGGUCAAAGCCAUCGCUAAUAGCCCUCUAGGCGAGGCCCUGCGGAGGCAAUUGUUAAAGAGGAAGAAGGAAGCUCUUGCAAAUUCUUCCAAGUUCCAGGCUUUAGCUCAGAAGGCAAGAAAUGAGAGCUUCUGGUAUGGAGAAGACCGCCCUCGCUGGCUUGGUCCCAUCCCAUAUGACUAUCCUGAAUAUCUAACUGGAGAACUGCCUGGGGAUUAUGGUUUUGAUAUUGCAGGUCUGGGCAAGGAUCCUGUGGAUUUCCAGAAGUACUUUAAUUUCGAAAUUCUUCAUGCUCGUUGGGCUAUGCUUGCUGCCCUUGGUGUUGUGGUUCCUGAAAUAUUAGAUCUGCUUGGAAUCUCUCACUUUGCUGAGCCUGUUUGGUGGCGGGUGGGCUAUUCGAAACUUCAGGGAGAAACACUGGACUACCUUGGCAUCCCGGGUCUACACUUAGCUGGAGGGCAAGGAGUGAUUAUCAUUGCUAUCUGCCAGGCCCUCUUGAUGGUUGGACCAGAGUAUGCAAGAUAUUGCGGGAUAGAGGCAUUGGAGCCUCUGGGGAUUUACUUGCCAGGCGAUAUUAAUUACCCGGGAGGAGUUUUAUUUGACCCAUUGAAGCUGUCAAAAGACCCAGUAGCUUUUGAGGAGCUGAAGGUGAAGGAGAUUAAAAAUGGGAGGCUAGCCAUGGUUGCUUGGUUAGGCUUUUAUUUCCAAGCAGCUUUGACAGGUAAAGGUCCAGUUCAGAACCUAGUUGAGCACCUCUCUGAUCCAUUUCAUAAUAACCUAUUUUCCCUUCUUAAUUCCAUGUCAAAUACAUAAUUCUCAAUACAGAAUGAUAGAUAUAAAUACUUUGUAAACCACUUUUUAGUUUUAUCUUACUAUAUAUGUAUGUAAAUGACUAUUACUUUCUUUCUAAAUUUGACAUGGUUUGUAUCUA